UGGGGGUGAACCUUCAGCUAUGUCUUUGCUUCACAGAAUGUAACCAAUGUUGUCCAUCUCCAGUAGGCCGCCGCUAUCAACGACUUUGGGCCCCACAAACCACCAGAAUGCAGGGCACAACAUGGAUCUUCAAUUGGAAAUGGCAUCAGUGACAUCAUGACAUCAGUUUUACUUCUACCAUCCUUGUGAACUGAAGCCAGAAGGCUGUAGUGAGUCCCCUGUGAGCACAUCCAGGACCUUCUGUGAGGCUUGUGGAGUGUGUUUAUACUCACUGGAGGUCUUUUCACAGACCAAUUCACCAGACACAGCUGGGAGAACUGUAUACAGCUCAAAUUGGUGUGAAGACUGACGAGAUGUGGUGAUGCGUGGUGUGUAAAUAUCUUCCCUGAAAGGCUCCUCAUUGAUGCAUUCAUCAGGACACAGCUGGGAGAGUCUUCUGCAGACAAAGAGUCCAACUGAAAUGGAGGAACUUCACAACCAGACACCAGAAUACAACAACACUGGGCCUACAGUGAUUUUGGAUCACUUUUACAACAUCGCCCUGAUCGUUCACUGUCUAAUUUUCGCUGUUGCACUCCCUGUAAUAAGCAUGGCUAUUUAUGGAUUGCUCUCUCAAGUCGAAACCAAUUAUGUUGCUCCUGUGUAUGUUAUAAACCUCUUAAUUUCUGAUCUGAUUCAAAUUUCUGCCAGAAUGAUUUUGGGUGUAUUAAGAAAAAUGCAUUUGCUCAAAGAUAUGUUUACAUUCAAGUUGAUCUACAUGUUUGGUGUGGGACUUAACAUAUGCUUCAUGGUGUGUAUAUCUGCAGAGAGAUAUGCAAUGAUCGCUCACCCUGUUAGGUACCGAAAUAUGCGAAACAUGAGGACAUCAGUGUUUGUGUCUGUCGCUGUUUGCAUAUUGUCUGUCACCUUGACCACCACAAGCAUCUAUUUGUUGGAGGUUGUGCUUGUGGUUUUGCUGCUGCCUUACCCCCUGGUGGUGUUCUUUUUUAUGGGGACAUGGAAGGCCCUCUCCAGGACAUCAGUACCUCGUAAUGACCAGAGACAGAUUAUGGCAAUCCUGGGUCUUGUUCUUUGUAUUUACACCAUCUUAUUCCUACCUUAUAUAGUGUGGUUGAUUAUUGUUGAUAUAAAAUUAUCAUCUGUAAAUAUUGAUCACACUUCUAGCCUUAAGUGGAGAAUUUUUUGUGGAAUCCUCGUGGCAUUGAACCCCCUAUUUGAUUCUCUACUUUAUGUGCUCAUGCGGAAGGAUGCUAAAUAUAUCUUUAGUGCUCUUUUCUGCUGUUUUUAUAAGAGACGUGAAGAAAACACAGAUCCAACUAAUGUGACAGAAGCCCAAGUCUAGGUUAAAGGAGCUGUCUGUAGCCCAGACAUAAUGCGUUUUGUUGAAUGAGCCACAAAGAAAUGGACCCGCCAGUAGAAGAACCAACCCUAAUACACCUCAGGCUUAGGAAUUAUCAACAAAGCCAAGCCAUGUUUAAUAAAAAUGUAAUAAAGAUGUAUGCCUGCUGAAACUGCUUAAAAGUAAAAUAACAGAAUCAACAAACAACCAUUGAUAGAGUAAGACAUGCUGUGCUAAAAAUGUGCUUGAGUGAAAUGUGCGAGGCAGAGCAGAAAGAACAGGCUGGGUCCGGAAAUGUACGUUGGGGCCUUGAGUGUCAUUGUGAAAUAUGCAAAUAGAGAUAACAGGGAACCAGUAGGGGAGGGGGAGGACAUGUAUGUUGCAAGCAAGACUCUAGCCACCAAUAGAGAAAUGGCUUACCUAAUAUGGGGAAAACUGUAGCUUACACAGCUGCAAAAAGUAUAAAAAGGGAGCACGCAAGUAGCUCGCUCUCUGACUUUGGUGGAAACUUCUUUGGUGGAGAUUCUAGCCUCAUACGAUAGAGCUGAGUGAAGACUGUUAGAAUACCACGUGGACGAGUGGACUCUCUUUAGUUAGAAACCUGGUUUGAACAGGAGGUACAUUUAUCUGAAUAGUAAAGAAGUUAACUUUUGCUUAUAUUGUUGUACUCAUUGUAAUAGAACUUUGAGAAGCUUUU